AUGGCGAUCUCUCCGCUGAAAAAACCGACCCCCACCAUCGUCGCCGCGUCGUUGCUGCUUCUUCUUCUUCUCGGCGUCGCCGCCGCUCGGGGCGCGCCGGACACGACGGUGAAGCAGGUGCUGUGCAACGUCGCCGGAUACACCGCCGGCGACCCCUUCGCCGCCAGCGUCGCGUACGUCGUGGCGGACCUGGUGGCGGCGACGCCGGCCCGGGAGGGAUACGACUACGCCAACAUCUCGCCGUACCCGAACGCGUUCGCCUACGGCCACGCCACGUGCAGCCGGAAGCUGACCAGGUCCGACUGCGGGACGUGCUUGGGGGCGGCGAAGGGGGCGAUGCUCGGGACGUGCGCGAGCCGGAUCGGAGCUCGGGCGGUGCUGGGAGACUGCGGGAUGAGGUACGAGCAGUACCCUUUUCAGUGA